AUGACCACAACAUUCCAACAGUUAUUUGAAAAAAUAAUUUCACAUGACAAUGUCUUUUACAUUCAUCAACAGAGAAAUGAUCCCGAUUUGACCAAAGAGGAUAGGCUGAAGAUUUUGAACGAUUUGUUCAAUAGCAACCUCAGAUUAUUUCUGGAAAGAUAUGAAAAAUAUAUUGAUCCUAACGAUUGCGAUAUUUUCGAAAAUCCAGACAAUGACUCGACCAUUGAGUUGAUCAUUCAGCGAAUAAGGAAGCGUGUUCAGAAGUCUGAAAAAGAGACUCGAAAUCGAAGGUAUAUCGCUCUUCGAAAGUUGGAGAAAGAGGGAGAAUUUUUCUCUGAUCUUAACAUGAGAGAACGGGAACCAUACUUGUAUGACGUGAUGGUUGGGCGAUAUUUGACACAAGAAGAAGCACAUUGUUUAAGACCUUCUGUCGAUCGAGAUUGUCGCUCAGAUUGGUCUGGCUUACUUUCACAGUUCGAACAAGCUGAAGAGAUAUCCCAAAGACGAAAUGCUCAGAAGAAUUACUAUGAAGGAGACAAUGAAAAGGAUGAGGAAAAGAAGAAAAUGUCGCGAUUCUUCGCUCAUGUGGAGAACUCGAUGAACAAUGAAGAUGAGCCAGAGGAUGAUAAUGUUGAAAUGUCAGAGUUAAAAGAAGAGAUUAACAGAAUUAGUCAAGAGGAAGCCGAGAGCAUGAUUAUAAACGAUGAAGUAGGACCUGAAACCCUUAGGGAGGAGUUCAUGUCUCAUAUGGUUGAACGAUUUCUUUCGGGGAAAGAUGCUGCGUUUAUCAACUAUGCUGAAAUUGAUGGUGAAGAAAACGAUGCUUUCGAUAAUAUCAGGCUACAAGAUGAAGAAGAUGCAUGGUUUGACGAGGAUUGA